UUUCUUUGAGAGAAUGCCCCAAACCAGCGUUGCGAGACUGUGAACCUGCCAAGGAUAUGCCAAGUGCAUUAGUUGUGAAAUGGGUUUAGUGGCUUGGCUCACUGCCUGCCGGUCGCAGGGGGACUCGUGAACGUUGCGGGACGAUCUCGAGUUGGAGAGUUGAGCUGAUGCGUAUCAACAAAUCCGGUGCAGGGCCAGAAACUGGCGGCACACGGUGAACGAAAAUCAAUACCUUCUUUCAAAGGUCCCACAAACGGGAACCCGAUUCCACAUACAGCCGAACACACACCAAUUCCCUUACCAUCCGGUCGAGAAAAUAAACCGAGUUUCCUCAACACCACGAAUAUUGGUCCUCCAAAACGCGGGACCAACUUUUCCCACCGCCCUGCAUCUCGACGUGCCGACAAUUCCAUCGCCCGCGGUCGCGCAUUCACGUUAAACAUAUCCAUCUUUAUCUGGCGUAACUGCGACAGGCGCGCACAAAGAUGGUGGGCAAAGUCAGCGACCGCGUCCUCCUUCGGGAAGGGCUCGAGCGAACCGACAAUGGCAUGAAGCAAACCAGCUGGCCCGAUGUGCCUCCAAUCAACCAAAAGAACUACUAUACGGACUAUAUGAAGCGCGAUGACCAGUUCCUCUCCUUCCGACUACAGAACGAGGCGAAUAGAGACCGGCUGGUCCAGACUGCAAAGGACCGAGACCGCGCCAUGAACACCGCCAAUGCCAACAACGAAGUCCCCCUUCCGGUCGACGAUCUUCAGGGGGAGGAUGGACCGGCCCCUUCGGCGAGCUUUAUGGAUCCCUCGAAAAUUAUUGUAAUACACCCAGGGAGCCAGAACCUGCGCAUCGGGUUUGCCAGCGACGCCCUCCCGAAGACGGUCCCCAUGACCCUCGCCACCAAGUACCCCCAGACCGAAUCCGAGAUGCACGAGGCGCUACCGCGGCGCCAGUUCGAGGGCAGGACAGUGGACCAACAACACGGCGAGGAGUGGUCUAAGAAGUACCAAAAGAUGUCCAAUGACCUCAAGGUCGACAUGCGCGCCAACAAGCGCAAGGUGCUUCCCAACUCGAAGGACCUGGUGGUUAACUUCAACCGGCGGACCGAGCCCGAGAUCAUCUCCCAACACAACGACCCUCUGCAGAUCGAGUGGACGGAUAUCGAAGCCCCCCGGGAAACCGAGUCGUCCUCGUCCGUAUUCAUUGGGCAACAAGCCCUGCGCGUGCCCGACGACUCGGACCCCAAGUUCAAGCUGUGGUGGCCGAUUCAACAUGGCUGGCUGAACGAGGACGACUACCCGACGAGGGCACACCUGUUCAACGACCUAGAGACUUUGCUUGACCGGACCUUUCGAUGGGAGCUGGGUCUCAAGCGGAAGGCAGACUGGAAGCAGUACAGCUGCGUCAUCAUCAUCCCGGACCUCUACGACAAGCGUUAUGUCGAGCUGCUGCUGCACCUUUGCAUCGAGCUCUUCGAAUUCGGUCGCGUCUCCUUCAUCCAGGAGAGCAUAGGCGCGACCUUCGGCGCGGGAUACACACAAGCUUGUGUGGUGGAUGUCGGUGCGCAAAAGACGUCCAUCGCCUGCGUGGAAGACGGUCUCUGCAUCGAGGAUUCGAGGAUCAACCUCAAGUUUGGCGGGUUCGACGUCACCGAGACCUUCGUCAAGAUGAUGCUCUACGACAGCUUCCCAUACCAGGAGAUCAACCUUCGUCGACGGUACGAUUUCUUGCUGGCCGAGGAACUCAAGAUCAAGUACUGCACCCUCUCGCAGGCCAACAUCUCGGUCCAAAACUUCGAUUUCCACCUGCGCGCACCGAAUCAGCCGACGCGCAAGUAUCAUUUCAAGUUCUACGACGAGGUUAUCCUCUCACCCAUGGGCUUUUAUGAUCCCUCAACAUUCGACAACUCCACCAAGCUCCGCGGUCGACGGAAACUAAUGGACCGCUCGUAUAACGCCUACGACGUCGAGGUUCCUGACGACCCGGCCUCGGCCGCCCAGCUCGCCAUCCUUGCCCUUAUCCAACCCUCCGUCACAACGACGACAACAACAGCAACAGCGACCGCCAGCUUUGCCGGUGCACCAGACAUGGCUACCCCCAGCAAAGAGCGCACCCAGCCCUUCAACUUCCUCUCCCAGAACGGCAACGCCACCGGCACACCGGGCACCUCCAAAGCCCCCUCCCCAGCCCCCGACGGCGCCAGCACUCCCGUGCCGGUCCCCUACGUCUUCGGCUCCUCCCGCGACCUCAACGGCGGGAGCCCAGCGCCGAGCGCCCGCAACGGCGGCACGCCCGCGCCGGCCAACGGCACCUCCGUCCUGCCGGGGACCUCCUUCGACGGCGCGGCGGGGCAAUCCCAGCCGCAGGUGCAGCAGCGGUCCGCCAAGUCGCUCGCCAUCGAGCGCGACUCGGUGCUGCCGCUGGCGCCGCUCGACAUCGCCAUCAUGACGUCGAUCCAGAACGCGGCCAAGGGCGACGAGAAGAAGGUGCGCGAGCUGCUCGGCAGCAUCAUGGUGGUGGGCGGCGGCGCCAAGAUCGCCCACUUCGCCCCCUUCCUCGAGGAGAAGCUCAAGCUGCGCCGCCCCGACCUCGCCGACCGCAUCCUGGUCAGCCGCAGCGCCCGCGAGAUGGACGAGCAGGUUGUUGUGUGGAAGGGCGCGAGUGUGUUUGCGAAGCUACCGACUAAUGAUUCGUGGAUUAGCGGGUUUGAGUACAAGAUGCUGGGCGCGAGGGUGGUGUAUCAUAAGGUGCUUUGGCAGUAUUAGGGCUGGGGGUGGGGUGAUGGAUAGGUGGGAGGGGGGAAGGGGGUU